CCAAUCAAUAUUGUGCAACGAGCAUGAUGCGAGAGGAAACCGAUGCGUGGUAUGCACAGCCAAAGAUCGAAGUCAAUCGACUAAAAGAGAAAACCUUCCCGUCUGGUGCUCUGUACCUUUCCCAGUGCCACGCUGUCGCCUGGUACCACGCAGGCAGCGCGCAAGUAUCAUGAUGUGACGAAGACGUGCGAUGUCUGAAUUUCUGUAUAUAUUCUAGCAUAGCUCUACCGCACUACGCUGCUUGAUACUUUGAUACAUGCACCUUCAGCUUCCAGAAGUCACUUUUACAGAUAGAGAAACUAUACCGACGUUUCCUACAUACACAGCAAGUUCUCGAGAUGAAGUGCCCGUUCUGUUUCAUUGUCUUUAUCGCCUUCGUCACAGCCAAAGAUAUCCGAGACGAGACACCAUCUGAACUUGACAACGAGGAUCCAUACGCUACGUCACUUUUGUACUCGGUCCCCGCUCUGUUACCGGUCUAUCCUGAGCCGUCUUCCGAUGUUAUCGCUCCCAGUGCAAUGCCCAGCGACGUCAGCUCUGAUGAUGGGUGCUCCACGGCCCUCAUCACUAUCACGACUACUCGUGCCGUCUCCGUCGUCACGCAAAUCCCUUCCAGCCUUCUCACUGUUACUGGCAUUGUCGAACUAAGCUCUUUCAUGCCGUCUCAGCCGCUGCCUCCGACAACCGCAACUGGCGUCAUCGAGACCAGCAGCUGGAUCGUUCCUCAGCUACCGAGCACGGCCGUCACGGUCAUCGUUCCGGGUAGCAGUGCCGUCGAUGAGGAGAGUAGUGUUGUGCUCUCGCAAAUCCCCUAUCCUACUGCUAGUGACAAGCCACUCAGCACUACUAGCGUAGGAACAACCUCUUCUAAAUCCCCAGGUCUACCGGUGUUUACUGAUGCUGCUGAUGCGAUUAGGGUACCAGUUGUUGUUGCUGGUAUUAUCGGGUGGGUUGCUUUGGUGAUGUAGGCGCGAGUACAUAUGAUUGUUGCAGUGUGAAAGAAGAGGCAGGUAGCAAUGUCACAUGUCGAAUUUGGUUCUACCAAAAGCCUGAUUUAAGGAGCGUGUUCGCGUUGCUCUGCUAGAUUACUCUCGUCCAUUUUGCUCACCAACAGCCAUUGAUGGCACGCUCGAAUUGCUGACUCUCGACACUCGCCGCCAAGACGACUUGAAUGCCGGUUUCACGAUGCCUUUCUAUGCCUGCCAGUUGCCAUCCUGAGCCUGAAGAGCACGAGCAA